AUGAGAUUUCAGCUAAUGAGGCCAUUAGGGAAGCCUUAUCUGUGUAUGAGUCCCUUGCAUUUUGCCACCCCCAACCCCAACCACACCCUCACCCUCCCUACAUUUACCACUCUCCUCCACCACCCCCUAAGAAGCCAUACAAGUACCCAUCUCCACCACCUCCAGUACACCCUUACCCUCACCCACACCCUCACCCCCACCCUCUUCCACACCCCCACCCACAUCCUCUCCCCCAUCCCCACCCUCUUCCACACCCUCACCCUCACCCUCUCCCACACCCACACCCACACCCACACCCUCUUCCUCACCCUCAUCCUCCUUAUGUGUACCACUCUCCUCCUCCACCCCCUAAGAAGCCCUACAAGUACCCAUCUCCUCCACCACCAGUUCACCCACCUUACAUUCCUCACCCAGUCUACCACUCUCCACCUCCUCCUCACAAGAAGCCUUACAUUUAUGCAUCACCUCCUCCGCCUUACCACUACUAGAUACUGCUUCCUCAACUUAAUUACCAUACCUCUGUGGAUGUGCAAAUAAAGAAAGCGAUGGAAGAGUUCGCAAUGCACGCACGAAAGAGAAAAAUGGAAGCAAAGUUUCCGCGUUUUGUCUUUCAUCAAAAUAUUUAUUUCUUUUCUAUCAUAGCUGCUCUUUUUCUUUAUUUUAUAAGUUUCGCUGUAUUUUAAUUUUUAUUUAAACGUUUGUAAAGCUCUGCAUGCUCAUGUACGCACUCCUGUUAAUCAAUAAUACAUGCACUGUAGUUUUCAACCAGCUGCGUUUGCAGGGGUUGUAAAACUUAUUAUAUAAUUAAAUAAAUUAUAUUCUCUCUC